GGCGCGGCCCGGCGCUGCCCUCAGGUGGGCGCCGCCCUCGCGCCGCCGCCGCCGCCUCCCCUCAGGUGCGCGCGGCCCGAGGCGGCGGUGGCGCCGCUCCCGAUGGCGGCCCCGGGCGGGCUGGGCCGCUGCGUGGCCGCCUUCUGGCUGGCGCUGGCCUUCGACGCGCUGGGGCUGGCGGUGCUGCUGGCCGGGGUGUUCGCCGACGUGUUCUUCUCCGACCUGCUCAUCUACGCGGGCGGCAUCGGCAUCUUCCUCAGCCUCGUGUGGUGGGUGUUCUGGUACGCGGGCAACCUGGAGGUGCCGCCCGAGGAGCUGCGCGACGACGUGGGGCUGCCGGCGCCCAAGGGCCGCGGGGACACGCUGCUGCGGCGGCUGGUGCACGGCCUCAGCCUCCGCCUCGGCGCCGCGCUGGCCCCCGCCCGCCCCGCCGAGCUGGAGCUGCAGCGCGCCGGGGAGCGCCGCGCCGAGCCCGGCAGGAUCUGUUGAAGACAUGACUAUUGACAUUACUGCCCCAAAAAGUGGGGGAAAUGCUGGAAAUUAUGGAAAGAGAUUUCCUACUCAAAACAAUUGUGGAAUAAUCUCUGCAAGCAUUGUGGACUCACCAUAAAAUGGACACGUGGAGCCAUAUCUCUGCCAAAUGCACCUGUUUCAGUGUUGGACUGGAUAUGCUUUGAAAUGGUGAAAAAAGAUCCCAAAAAUCUCUUCAAGAAGUGAGAGCUAAAAAAAAAUUGAACCUGAUUCACCGAAAAAUCACUGCAGCUUGUCAUAUAGUUGGGUUUGUUUUGUUUUAAUUAUUAUUAUUUUUAAUAACCCGGAAGGUUUGGAUAAAAAGCUCUUGCACAAUGAAAAGCUCUUGCACUGUUUUUUACCAAGGCCUAGAAGUUAAACUUACUGUGAAAUUUUAUAAUGCCAGUGCAAUACUUUUGUUUGUAAGGGUGCUUUUAAAAUGUCUAUAUUAAACUGUUGACGCAAAGCUGCAAA